UCAGACUACAAUGCAUAAAAGAUGGUGUUGCAAUUGCGCAAUGACCAGUCAACAAGAUUGCUUGGUAUGCCACGAUGCAAAACUCGUUAGAGAAUAAUUCCCAGGCUGUAAAUUUGUGGGACUAUGACGUGAUAUUAGAGAAAAUCGGUUAUGGUAAAACUCAAUGGAUACUUUUAAUCAUUAGUGGGUUACUGACGAUUACGUCUGUGGCUGCUCAACAAUCCAUGAGUAUUAUAGUAAUCGCAUCGCAAUGUGAAUUUAAAUCAACUCAAGCUGAAAAAGGUCUGAUAAUGGCUGCGUGUGUUGCUGGAUUGUUUUUCUCGACCUAUAUAUGGGGAUACAUCAGCGACGACGUUGGGCGUCGGAAAGUGUUACUAUGUGGUGUGUUCGCCAGCAAUAUAUUACAAUUCGUUCUUAUGUUCGUUACAAACAUUUGGAUGUUUAAUUUAAUUAACUUACUUGUUGGUAUAAGCAUUGGUGGUGUGUCAGCUGCACUGUAUGCCUAUUUAAGUGAAUUCAAUACACCCAAACAUCGAGCAGUUGCUAUUAAUUAUUCCACAAUGUUCGUCAGUGUGACUGCAAUAUAUGUUCCAGUGACUGCUUGGAUGGUACUGUCGUCUAACUGGUCGAUCAGCAUAGGCGAUUUUGUUUUUCGGCCAUGGCGUUUAAUUAUGUUGAUAAGUCUCCUUCCCGGAUUAAUUGGCGGCUUGAUACUAUUACGCUUUCCAGAAAGCCCGAAGCUUUUAUUAUCACAAAAUAAAAUCAACGAGGCUAUACAAGCUGUUGCUUGGAUUUGUAAGUUUAAUCGAGGCAAACCUAUCCAGGACUUACUAAAUUGUGACGAGUUUAUGCUCAAGUCGGAAGUUAACUCUGAGGAGAAUUCGAUGGAUAAUAUCCCCAGAUGUAUAUUAUCAAAAAUUGCACGUGCAACCGUCCCUCUUUUUCAUAAGCCACACGGAUUCUACUUUAUAAUUAGCAAUUUAGCAGUAUUUGGGAUGUUUUUCAGCUCAAAUGGUAUGCAAUUUUGGUUUCCAGAAAUCGUAAACCGGUCAUCUGAGGCCUUCAAUGAUUCAUCUACCGUUUGCGAAAUAUUAAGCGAGUAUGACACAAAAGCAGAAAAUUCCACACUGGCCUGCUCUGAUCAUAUAUCAAGCAAAACUUAUAUAGACAACAUAAUUGUUGGAGUCGCCUUUUUAAUUGGAUUUUCGAUUCAAGGCACUCUGAUUAACCCUUUGGGUCGUAAAAACGUACUACUAGCUGCGCUCAUAAUUGCAACGUUUUCUGGUAUUUGUCUGCACUUUUUUGGAAAUCGUACGGCAGUACUAGUUUUGUUUUGCCUCUAUAUACUUCUGCCGGGACUUUCGAUUUCCAUCAUGCUCGGUGCAAUAGUUGAUCUGGUCCCAACGCAUCUACGGGGAAAAGCUGUUAGCUUUUGCAUGUCCUUAGGACGACUUGGAAUCAUCGCAGCUACAAACUUAAUGGGACUUACAUUACAGCCAUACUGUAAUAUAACUUUUGCUAUUUGUACUUUUGUUCUCUUUGUGUGUGUCGUACUCGUUUAUAUCAUACCAAUACGGAGAUCUACUUAGUAAGGGACAGUACCGGAAAAUGUACAAUCUACAUAUAUCUACCACUAGUUCCAUUUCACUUCUUUAAGUACUAAUACUAACAUACGUUUCCCUUUUCCUUAGCUUUUGUAGCUAUAAUUUUAAUCGAUCAUUCCCUUACCUCAACAUAACUUCAAAUCAAUUUUCCUCUAUGAAGCAGUCGAGGUACAUAUUUAGAGUUACAUAUUGCCGAUUCUUUUAAAUUCGAUUCGGCUUUAAGAAGAAGAUGAUGUUUUUCAGAGCUGAGUUUAAAUUCUUAGUAAUAGCUUGAGAGUGAUAUACCAACAUUGAAAAUUCCCGAAUUCUUCUGAAUCCUGACAAUCCAAUGAAUGCAGCUAUCAAUCGGUACAAAGAAAUAUGUGGCUUAAUCUUACUUUCUGGAAAAUAUGAAGCUUUCAAAUGUAUAUUAUCAUUUGCUUCAGUUUUGCACGUUUAGCUUUGCAAGUUUAGCUUUACAAGUUUGUUUUGAGGCCUGGAUUCAUCGCAGUCUCCUCAACAGUAGAAGAUGUUACCCGAUGAGUUCCGCAAUUUCAUUUAGUUUUCGACCGAAAAUGUAAAGAAGAAACGAUAACCUUUCUGAUUGGUAAAGAUUUUCCAGGUUUUCCAGUUGACGCAUUAUUUGAGAAUUUUACUGGAAUUGGCACUGAACUUGCCAAGGUUUUCGAUUUCACCCAUUCGGAUGACCAUACCAUAAUAAACCAAGCAAUGUAUCUUAUGUAUUUGUCCUUAGCUAAAACGAAUGCUUAUUAAAAUAAGAAGCCUGGUUCAGCAGUAUCGAUAGAUCUUCACUAAUCACUUUUCAGCAGUAAGCUAAAGUGUAAAGACUGUGGUGUAAAGAACAUCCAUUUAGUCCGGAACAAUUACUUGCUGACAGAAAAGGGAGGAAAAAAGGAGAAAUUUAAAACAUCCACAAAUUAAAAUUUGUAUCAUAUUUAUUUUAAUAGUUUUUGAAAUUAAAAUAACAGAAAUUUUAUUACUCAAAAACUAUUCGUCUUCGUCAUAUUCGUCAUCAUAGCUAUCCCCGCCUGCCGGACCAACAGUGUCAUCAAACGUAGCGCUCAAUUCUAUGGUUGCGUCGUUUGGUGUGGUUGGUUCUUCAAUAAGUGGUUCGUUGGUUUCCCCCUCAACUUUUUGAAUGGCUUGAAGCUCCAGAGCUGCAAUUUCAGCUUCUUGGCGACCUAUCUCUGCCAGCUCCGCGGCCUGCCGUGCGAGAUCACCCUCGCUCUCUUCUUCAGCUUGCUUUUCAAUUUCCGCUAAGCGGUUAAGUUCAUGCUCUCGUGAACGUUGUUCUUCUUCCAAAAGUGCUUCUUUAGCUAACCGCUCAUCCUCUGCAAUACGUGCUUCUUCUUCUUCGGCAGCCCUUUGGGCGGCUUCAUCCGCAGCCUUUUGGGCUGCUUCUUCUUCAGCUUUUUGGGCUGCUUCUUCCGCAGCCUUUUGGGCUGCUUCUUCCGCAGCCUUUUGGGCUGCUUCUUCCGCAGCCCUUUGGGCUGCUUCUUCCUCAGCUUUUUGGGCUGCUUCUUCCGCAGCCUUUUGGGCUGCUUCUUCCUCAGCUUUUUGGGCUGCUUCUUCCGCAGCCUUUUGGGCUGCUUCUUCCGCAGCUUUUUGGGCUGCUUCUUCCGCAGCCUUUUGGGCGGCUGCUUCCGCAGCCUUUUGGGCUGCUUCUUCCGCAGCUUUUUGGGCUGCUUCUUCCGCAGCCUUUUGGGCUGCUUCUUCAGCUUCUCUGACUAAGCGAGCAUCUGCCUCCAUCUUGGCUUUGAUAUUUCGUUUCUCGGCUUCGGCAGCUAAACGUUUCUUUUCCUCCCUAAGAAUUCUAAGGCGUAAAAUAUAAUAAAUUUAUGGAUGCAAAUAAUUCAGAUUGUCACUUCUCACUUCUCUUCGCUUGCAUUUUGAGCGCGCUUUUUCUCAACUUCCACUUCAUCCAAGGCUUCUUCGUUUACUGUUAGGAGUCGUUCUUGGCGCAGACGCUGCUUCUCUUUCGACUCUAGAUCGACAGGAUCCUCCAAAGGCCUAGGAGCAGAAAAUUUUCUAGAUGGACGAUUGGGAUCUAAAUCGGCAUCUGCAAAUAAACCUUGUCGUUAAUAUUUUGAAACAAUUAAAUGGAUCAUUUAUAUUUAAAUGUAUAUAAUAAUUAAAUAUUAGUUUGCCCAAAUUUUUGUUUUACUCAGUAAUUUACAUAAUAAUGUAUCACUAAUACUUACUAAUCCAAAUGAAUUGUAUUGUUGACCUUAGGCGAGGCACGGUAAAAUUGCAGAUAGAGUAGACGCCAAUGAUUUUUAGGGUAAUUUUAUGGCAUUAAUGAGAAUACAAAAAAAAAAUAUAGGAUGUGUACAAUUUAGACAAAAUGGUAUUAAUGUGUUAAGCAAAAAUGUAUAUGGAUGUAUGUAUAUACAUUUAAAAGUACAGAUUAUUAUAGACUUCAAGGCGGGUUCUACAUUUGCCAUUUAUUCAGGCCUUACACAUGUACAUAUGUAUGUAUGCAUUCAAAUAUAAUAUAAAGUUAAGGGUACCGAAAACAGCGGCAGGAAACACAAAUUCGAUCAAUUGAUAUAUUCAAUCGAAUCUAUAUAGUUUUUCAAUUAAUUGUUUUGCUGAUCUAAUUCGAUUGUUUGGAGGAAAAUGGUACUUCCUCCGCCCAGCAAAUUGACACUCAGUCGUACACUUCAAAUCCGAAUAUAUUUUGUUUGGAAAAGCGUGGUAACGACCUUACCACUCAUAUGUUAACCAACACCAAUCCAAUUGUAAGCUACAAUUACGUAAUUGACAAUAACACUGAUAAAUUUAUUGCUUUUUAUAAUAAUUCCAGGGCUUCAAGUUAAAGUCCUUUUAUCUCAAUUAUUUGGCACCUGCAGCUAUCAUUCAACAUUUUUAUAUAGUUUAAAGUUUAGCCUUUUGGAGAAAUUAAGUUCUGAGAAUAAUUUUUUGUUGGAAUUAAAUUAAAAUUUGCGUUAAAAAACAUAUGUAUGUAUUUAGAUUUGUGUCUGUUUGUAUGUUUGUAGGUAUGUAAGUUUUUAUCUUUAUUUUGUUUUGACAAAUCAAAUGAAAAAUAAAAAUAGGUCAACUUUAAAAUA